UAUUAAUUUUCCCAAAAAAUAACAAAAUGGUAUUCAUUUUACAAACGACUUAAAAUGGUAUUGAGGCAAUGCAAGUCCAAGAAAGCGAAAGAGUGGAUAUGAUCGCCGCCGCCUCACUCUACCGCUAAAAUCCCAUAAAAAGGGCGGGCCUCAUCAACUUAACCCCAUGUGAGAAUGAAUCAGGAGAAGCCAGCGAAGGCCGAAGCCAUCAAAUACGGCGACGUUUUCAACGUCUCCGGCGACCUAGCCGCUAAACCCAUAACACCAAAAGACGCCGCCGCAGUGGAGUUGGCGGAGAACCUCGUAUUGGGGGAGAAUCCCAAGAGUGGGAUGGCAACCGUCAUGAAAUCGGCGGCGGAGCUCAACGAGCGCCGCGGCUUUGUUCGGCACGACGACACGACCGACGUGGUUAGGGACGGCGGAACCGAAAUUGCAGAGACCACCGUUGUUGGCCAUCGUCUUGUUACUGAGUCUAUCGGUGGACAACUGUUGGGGCGGUUUGCUAUGGAUGAUAAAGCAUCGAGGGGAUCUCCAGUUUAGUCAAAAAUGGUGUUGGACGAGAUUCUCUAUUCUAAAAUUGUUUAGUUUUAUUUUUCAAGUUUUAUCAGAUGUGUAAACGAGCUUGUUUAAGUGUCUUUAUUUUUUAUAUUUAUAUGCAGCUUUCUUUUCUUUUCUUUUUUCUUUUUCUUCUUCUUUUUCUUUGGGGGAAGCCUAUAUUGUAGCCUCUUGUUAUU